AGCUCGGAAAGCUCCCUCCCUCGGGUCAAUCCUCUGUCCUUGUCGAGUGCUCCGCAGUCGCCGUCGUUUCCUCUCGCGCUCGCUGGCAUCUAUCUGGCGGCGGCCUUCGACGUUGAACCAUGCAGAGCCUCUUCGGUCGCAGCAGCAGGAACAAGAGGACGUUCAGGCCCAAGAAGAGUGCUCCAGCGAGGGACAAGAGCAUGAAGCUGAAGAGGCACAUCGACGCGACCCUCGGCAACGGUAACCUGCGAGAGGUGGUCCGCCUGCCUGUCGGAGAGGAUCUCAACGAGUGGCUCGCUGUCAACACUGUCGACUUCUUCAACCAAGUGAGCCUCCUGUAUGGCACCCUCAUGGAGUUCUGCACGCCCGCUACCUGCCCCACCAUGUCAGCCGGUCCAAAGUAUGAGUACAGGUGGGCUGAUGGAGUCAAGAUCAAGAGGCCUAUUGAAGUAUCUGCACCGAAGUAUGUCGAGUACCUGAUGGACUGGAUCGAAGCCCAGCUCGACGAAGAAUCCAUCUUCCCUCAAAAGCUUGGGGCUCCCUUCCCUCCAAACUUCCGGGACGUCGCCAAGACCAUCUUCAAGCGUCUGUUCAGGGUGUAUGCCCACAUAUACCACUCACAUUUCCAGAUGAUUCUCAAGCUCCAGGAAGAAGCGCAUCUCAACACCUGCUUCAAGCACUUUGUGCUCUUCACAACGGAAUUUGAGUUAAUCGAUAGGUCAGAGCUGGCUCCUCUGAGCGAACUGAUCGAGCCCAUAUGGCGUGGACACUAGCUGAGAGAAAUAACUGGCGCUUUCUCCAACAAGAACUGAUGAGGCAACAGUGCAGAGACAUCAUGUUUGUUGCUUGUUUAGCUAGCUUCCCCACCUUGUGCAUGUGCACCUUCAUCUAUAUUUUCGUGAUGAUGUUGGACUUGGAUGCAUUACCUUCAUCUACAUUUUGGAAAUAGGUUAGCUAGUGCUCGCACGCGCAUCAGCGCAGUUUGUUACAUUUUUAUCAGUUCAUCCCGGAAAUUUCUCUUGGUUGGGUUAUGCGCAGUAGUCAAAGUUAUUGUUUCCGAAAAAAAUCUAGAAAAGAUAAAUGAAUUCUCAGGGUGGCACCCCCGAAGCAGGAGCCUCUAAAGGACUUUCAAGAAUCAAAGGAU